GCCAUUCAUUAAGUGGUCAUUAUAAGCACUAAUUUUAAUUAUAUACCUUAUAAUUGUGUACGAUAAUGCAAAACAGCAUUGUACAUCAUCAGGUAGAGACUAUUUCACUCAGAUAAAGUUAACCAUUAGUUUAAAGUAAACAGUAUAUAAAGACAGAAGUGAUGAUCAAGGUAGCUUUCAGAAAAAAUGAAAAUUUUCCUAGUUUUUACUCAAAGUUAGAAUUUAUUUUUUAUGCUGUCACGCACGAGCGAUUAGGGAGCAGCUGAGCGACCCGGUCCGUUGCAUAAAACACCCCGCGAGGGAGCUACGACGGUGUACUAACCUUUGUUUUCUUAAUUCCUCAGAAAGGCAGAAGCAGCGGAGCCGUAAAGAGCGCCCGGAACGGUCUCGCAAACGCACACUUCCGGGUGCAGUUCUAAACAAAGACGAGCCUUGAUGACGCCAUGCCCAGAAACCACUGCAACGCCUCCCAACAUUCCUCCUGUCUUAUUUCCUGUCCCGUCAAUAUAAAAUGUCUGUGUUACCUAUUGUAUCUGUCGAAAGUUGAUUUAAUGAACUGUUUUGACCUGGAAAACCGUACCAUUCAGUAUACGGGGCUAACAACCCCAACCCUUAAUCUCUUGUGUUUGUCUUCUUUUGACAGUGGCGUAGUCGGCAGGAGAGUAAAUACUCUUAACGUCCGAGAAAAUGACUGAAGGACAGGACCUGAACGCGGUCCUCAACACCCUCGUCGCGGAGCUGCAGGCGGUGAAACUGGACACAGCCGCGACGAAAGCCGAGCUCUCUGAUACGAGGAGGCGGCUGGCGGCAGCAGAAGCGGUAAGACCGGAGCCGGCGAGACCUCCUCUCCCUUCGAUGGUGGCCCUGACGGCCGAUGAUGACAUUGAGUCAUAUUUGAGUGUUUUUGAGCGUACCGCCAGCCGUAAUCAGUGGCCGCGGGCUGAGUGGGCGUCCCUCUUGGCGCCGUACCUGAAGGGGCCCGCGCAGCGUGCUUAUCAUGACCUUCCCGAGGAGGAAGCCGCCCAAUAUGACCUCCUGAAGGCCGAGAUAUACCUACGAUACGGUGUGACCUCUGGCCAGCAGGCACGCGCCUGGCGGCACUGGAGAUUUGACCCCGCACUCCCAGCUAGAGCCCAGGCUUUCGAGUACUGGGGUAAGCUAGGGCGCUGGCUACGGCCAGACAGGAACCAGGCUCGCCAGGUGGUUGAGCAAGUGGCUUGUGAGGGUUUGAUUCAUGCAAUGCCGGACUAUCUCGCCCAGCAGGUCCGGAGGCACCCGUUUAAAGACAUGAAUGGCCUUCUGGAGGUUUUGGAGCGACAACUGGCGGUGACCCAACUCAGGGGAUCUGAUGGCUCCAGUCGGGGGUCUCGACAGGGACGGCCCGUUGCCUCCGAGCCCUAUCGCCGCCCCGCUGAGGCUCCGGUCAGGCCAAAAGAGCGUAAACUCGUGCUCCCGCGCUGUUUCAAGUGUGGGGAGCCGGGACAUUUGCUGCCAGCCUGCCCCCUCAAUCAGGAACCCAUGGACUGCACUUGGACCCGGGAAGAAAGAAAGGCAGAAGCAGUGGAGCCGUAAAGAGCGCCCGGAACGGUCUCGCAAGCGCACACUUCUGGGUGCAGUUCUAAACAAAGACGAGCCUUGAUGACGCCAUGCCCAGAAACCACUGCAACGCCUCCCAACAUUCCUCCUGUCUUAUUUCCUGUCCCGUCAAUAUAAAAUGUCCGUGUUACCUAUUGUAUCUGUCGAAAGUUGAUUUAAUGAACUGUUUUGACCUGGAAAACCGUACCAUUCAGUAUACGGGGCUAACAACCCCAACCCUUAAUCUCUUGUGUUUGUCUUCUUUUGACAAUGCUUAGUUUACGUUCAUAUUUUUUAGAAGGUUUAUUCAUGGGAGUCACAGAAGUUCAGAGAAAGGAUAUAUUUCAUGCACUUUUUUUUAUAUUACCAUCACUUUCAAAACAUUGCCAAUACUAUAGCUAAGUGAUUAGCAAUAAUUACUUCUGCUAGAUACUUCUGCUUGGAUUGCCCUGUCCAGGGUUAUUUCUAGCCUUGUGCCUUAUUCUCUUUGUAAAGGCUGUGUCCCCUUUCAUCCUGAACUGGAGUAAGCUGGCUGGGUGGCUAAUGGAUAGACAAGUAUUCCUUAGGCAUUAGUACAAUUAUAAAGAAACAUAUACACAUGUUAUAAGCAAAGUUAGAAAAACAGCACACAAGUCAAAACAAAACUUGAAACUUCUCUGCACUAAUUUAAAUUCUAGUACUCUCACUGAACUGACAAAAAAAAUCCUCUGAUGAAUCGACUACCCUCAAGAAAUGUCCAAAUCAGCAGCUAGAUCAGGCUGAACAUCAAGCAAAACUGAACUGGAAGAUUUCCUUCAAUGACUGCACAUGCUUCUACAGCUGCUUGACAGCCUCAAGAAUACUAAGUAUAUGUUGGAAAUUGGAGGUGGUGCAAAAUU